AUGUUCCCGCCAACAGAUGCGUCCAGAACAGAUGCUGCCCUGGCAGCCGUCUGUCCAGAUAAUGGAGAAAUGUGUUUCCAAUGGGGUUCGCCCGCGGGCGCCAACGGGGCGAGUCCAGGUGUUCUCUACUUCCAGCUUCGAGCCCCUGCCUCGCUAUCGUGGUUUGCGCUGGGCACAGGGUCUUCCAUGGCGGGCUCGAGCAUGUUUGUCGUCUAUCGCAAUGGAAGCGGCGUGACCCUUAGCACCAGACAAGGCACAGGGCACAGCAUGCCUCAGUUCGAGGCUCGAUCAGACGUUCAGCUGCUUCCUGGAUCGGGCGUCGUCAACGGCAACCUCGUCGCCAAUGUGCGGUGUGCGCAAUGUUCCGAUAUUCCCAUAACCAGCUCCUCGAAGUGGAUUUCCGCCUGGGCCAAGAAGGGACCAGCCACCGACUCGUCAAGUGCUUCCGAGCCAAUUUCGAUCCACGACGCUUUUUCAAGCUUCUCGGUCAACCUGCAACAAGCUACCAUUACCUCCGACUCGAAUCCUUUUCUUACCCCGGCCACGAAUGGCGGUACCAAACCCAUCGUCAACGGAGUCGAGACUGGCGCGGACAAUAGUAAAAUGAUGUUGUACGCGCAUGGCAUUAUCAUGGCCGGUGCUUUCCUUUUGGGGUACCCAAUCGGAUCAGCAGUCAUGCCUCUGCUUUCCAAAUGGAUUGUCCACGCUAGCUGGCAGCUCCUCGCAUUUACCGGAAUGUGGGUUGGGUUUGCUCUCGGCUAUAUCAUCUCUUCAAAGGCCGGCUCGCUUUUUCAAGAUGCACACACGCAAAUCGGUCUUGUCGUCUCCAUCCUAAUGACGAUCCAGCCAGUCCUCGGCUGGUUGCACCACGAGCGAUUUCUCAAACACAGACGGCGUGGUCCUGUCAGUCACGUUCACAUCUGGCUAGGACGUGUCGUAAUGCUUUUCGGUAUUAUUGAUGGAGGUAUUGGGCUUCAAUCUGCUGGAGCGUCUUCACGAUUCAUCACUACCUACUCCGUAGUAGCGGCCUUGGUCUCGGUUAUGUAUCUUGUCGGAGUGACUUUCGGCAGGGUCAAGAAGAAGUGGCAACGGAAUCAAAACCUCGGAUCGUCAUCCCUAACCGAGCUAGGGAAACUGUAA